AGAGCUUGAUGCGAUGUGUGUGCGUAUGUGUGUGUGUGCGUAGGAGAGUGUUAGACCUAUUAGACACAGCUGCUGCAUUCAAGGAGAAACGGUUUCAACCUUUGCACUAAAAAUGUCAUCGGGGCAGCUCUUGAGCCUUCUACUAGCUCUUCCUUUUUGUUCUACAAACAACAAUGUGGAGAGCAUUACAGUGUAUAGAGGAGGUUCUGCCUUUCUACCAAACCCUUCCAUGUUCACGUACAAUACAUACAGGAUCAAUGUGAAGUGUGAAAAGGAUGGAAAGGAAUUAUGUAAAUAUGUAAUUGACCGUAAUUCAAGUAUUCUACCUGAAUGUACAACUCGGUUUAAAGUAAUUAAAGAACCUUUAGGGCUGAAUGUAACAGAUGUUGAAAUCAGUGAUGCUGGUAAUUAUACGUGUGUGAGUACCAGAGUAAUACCACCACCAACGGAGAAUAAUUCUACAACCCUGCUGCUCAAAGUUAUUGAUCCACCAUCUCUCACCCUGCAGUUGAUGAACAGCAUUAACUCCUCCUGUGUGGAGCUGUUCUGCUCUCUGCAGGGUUUGAUACCACAGCAGGUGAACUUCACAUGGACCAGAUCAGAUCAGCUUCUUCACUAUUAUGAGUCCAGCAAUAUGAGCAGCUUCCUGGUGCUCUGCAAGCCCAACUGGACAGAUGGAGAAACGCUCACUUGUCGUGCCGAUUACUCAGUCAAUCACACACUCUACAGCAGGAACAUCACACUCCCAUAUAACUCAGGGGUGGCAUCCAUGGCAGCCUUGGUGAUCACUGCAGCUACAAGCACAUGUGCAGGGCUGCUUCUCCUCAUUUUACUUGGUGUAGCCAUCUUCAAAUGGAAGAAAAGAGAUUCUUCCCAUGGAUCUGUAGUCUACAGAAAUAAAAUCUAUGAGAACUUCACUCUUUCCAAUGCUGCGGUGAACCCCACAUUGACUGCUCCCCGAAAUGCUCAACCUGUCUCCACAAACAUCAGGAAUACUACCAGAUCUACUCCACAUAGAAUCAUGCAGACUCAGAGAGAGGAAUGUAUCUAUGAGAACUAAGCAACUGCUAUCUUAAAAAACAAGACUCCAGGGUUGGUCUGUGUACAUUCUUUUUUAUUUAUUUAUUUACUAGGCACUUUUGUAUUUUUGGAACACAAACUGUGGACACAUUAUCAGUGUCUCUACUCUAAAGUAGGACCAGACUAACCAUGUCAUCUCUGUAUAUAUAGUUUCUUACAAAUAAAUGAUAAAUGUUGCACCAUCA